AUGCGCGGACCUCGCGAGACCCUGAGCGGCGAGCUUAUGUGCGCGUGUGGUUUGUACGGCCGCGAACUCAACUUUGAAGCUGCCCGUGCAGCUUUGGCUGCCGGCGCCUGGGUUGACGGGGAAGCAGGCGUCCUGUCGCAGCGAGACUUCCAGGAAGGCACAGUGUGCCUUGCUUUCGAAGCACGGAAGCUGUGUGUGGCUCAGCUCCUGCUUCGCGCACUCAAGGCUGGACUGCCGGCGACACGCGGCGCGUACCGAGACGCCGUGUAUGACUCGCUGCUUCUCGCGUCGCGUGGGGAACGGGGCUUUGGCGCCGAUAUUCUCGCGUUCCUCGUGCGUGGCGACUGGCUUCGAGCCGUGUGUGCUGAUAGCAACGACAGCGCGCCGCUGAAGCUCGAGCCAGCGCUAGAGAAGGCCGCGGAAGCGCACCAGGGAGCCCUCAAAUGGGAACGCGAGAUGCUGGAGCGUGAGAGCACCAGACCUAUCAACGGCAUCAAGCUGACGCCGGAGCGGAGGCGCAGCCUUCGCGCGCGCAUCUGCGCCCUCGAGUGCGUCGGCGAGCAGCUGCACAUUCUGCAGGGCUGCGCUGCAGCUGGCCGCAGCCCGCUGGCCAUGGCAUCGCUCCGAUGGCUGCCCAGGGGCCCCUUCGCCGAGUGGCCGUGGCCUGGGGUCACCUUCCCGGCUGCCUUUCGAGCGCGUGCGAAGGCGUUGCUGCAGUGCGCGCGGCGCGAGGAGAGUGGCUCCCUGCACAAGCUCGAUCAGCAUCUCCUCGAGCUCGUCAUCGCUUCCUUGGCCCUGCGCUACUGGGAUGGCGAGCCGACAGCGCUGGCCUCUCGCACAGAGCUCCACCUGCCUUGCGGCGAGACCACCGUUGUCUGCCCGCUUCGAGAGACGUGGGCGCGCGGUGAAGCUCCCUCGGCAUUCCACCAGCUCGCAGCGACGCGCUUGCAAGCGAGGCUGCGUGGGCGCGUCUGCAGGCGUCGCGUCUCGCAAGACGAGGAGAUCGCCCGCCGCCGCAGCGCUCUUCGCCUGCAGGAGGAGGCGAGGGAAGACGCGGCGUACAGCAUCACCGAGGCGGCACUCGAUUUCCUGCACCGGCGGCUCUUGCGUCGUUGGGCAGUGCUGUGGGCGCGCAUCGAGGGCGCCGCGCUCGAGAGAGAGAUCGCACGCCACGUGGCGGAUCGCGACCUUCUCGCUUUCGCACUGGUCGCACGCGCUUUUCGCGCGGCGCAGCAGGCCACCGGGCGGGCGCUCACCCCGUCACGUCCGAGCGACUUCCUGCGCAGUCCGCGCAUGCUGGAGUGGGGCGUCUCGCUCGGCUGUCCGCCGCUCGUUCGUCUGGGAGAUCAGCUGCCUCCAUGGUAUCUCAUCGCCAACUUCCCACGCUUCUUGAGCGGGCGCGAGCCGUCCUAUCUCUUCCAGUCGCUGACAUUCACGCGGCGCGAGCUGUACGGCGGGCGGGCCCGGCUGAAGACCGACGAGAAUGGACGCGCUGAUCAGGCCGGCAACUUCCGCCGCACGCUGACAGAGACGGAAUGGCAUCAGGCUGCACUCGCGUGCCCGUCGGUGUACUUCAAGAACCCGAGCAGCCGUGAUCACGUGCACCCCCCUCGAACGCGCAAAAGGUUUGAAGCAGCGCGAAACGACUUCUUCACCGUGCGCGAGUUGCUCGCUGCUCUCCGCACAUGGGAGUUCUCGGGCGGGGCACACUAUACGUCGCCGCACACGCGGUACCAUGGCAUGUUCGCCCGUGAGUGGGCAGGGGAGUGGGGCGACGAGCUUUUGCACACGGACGGAGACGGCGGCUACUCGCUUUCGUGGGAGAUCGAGUACGAGUGCCCGGCGGAUGACAUCGUCACCUCGUUCGCUUGA